AUGGCGACAAGCACAGUGUCAGCACAUGGCUCUCACGGCGGACACCUUGGGCCCAGCUUGCCCAACAAUCCCACCUUGGAUAAAGCCGCACGGGAAUUGAUUAACAUUAAGCCACUUGGAAGCCAAGAUUGGCACGGAAUGUGCGCACUGCAUUGCCAGCAGACGCGCACCUUCAUUUCCGUCGAAGCUAUGCAACAAAUCGGCCUGCCCGUGGAGGACGGCGGUCAAUAUAAGUGUGAAUGGAUGCUCAACGACGGCGUGGAACGCGUCGGAAUAUUUCAAGCUGUGUCAGGACUUGGCGCCGACGUCGCGUUCGGAGUCAACUGGUUAGACGACGGUCCAGCACCUGCAACAGCGAUCAGCAUCGAUACCACCCCUCAUUCCCCAAGAAACCCAUUGGCCGGCUUGAUUACCGCAGGUCAUAGCAGCACUCCAAGCCGUCAGCUCUUGAUCGAUGGCCAUCCCGCCCGAUCGGGAAGCCAAGAUUGUGGCGACAUCGGACAUCAAAAGCAAAGACACCAAGAUGCGCCCAUUUCCAUGGGUCCGUACGGAGGACUGGUGCUUUGGCCAUUCCUAGGGUGCCUUGCUUUGGGAAGUUUCUACCUCUGGCAGAAAACAAGAGCCACGCGAUGA